AUGGCUGACAACCAAAAUCAACCGCAAAAUCAGGUUCAACUUCAAGAGCAAAUACCACAGCCAAAUCAACAGAGAGCCAUCCAGAACGGAGCUUCUAUUUUAGUUGGAGAUUAUGUUAAUCCAAUUCCCGCACCAGUGCAACCUGUUGUGGUGUACCCUCCCUUUGGACAACCUAAUUUCCACCUUCGACCAGAUGUCAUCAAUUUGUUUCAAAAUCACCAAGACAUCAGGUUCUUUGGAAAAGCCACUGAAAAUCCUCAUGAGCACAUUUCUGCUUUUCUCAUGUUGUGUGAAAUGAUCAGUCACGAAGGGAUAUCAGCAGAUGCAUUUCGAAUGCGAUUAUUCCCUCACACCUUGAAGGACUCUGCGAGAGAAUGGUUUCUCUGUUUACCACCAGGGAGCAUUCAAUCAUGGAACGAUAUGGUUCAAAAAUUCACGAUGAAAUUCUUUCCACCUUCUCGAGUUCACCAAAUUAGGAAUGACGUUCACACUUUUAAGCAGAAAGAUUUAGAGAGCUAUCCUGAGGCAUGGGAGAGGUUCAAGAAUUUUUUCAGAAAAUGCCCCAGCCUUGACAUUCCCAAACAGGCUCAGCAAUAUCUUUUCUACUACGGUCUAAAACAAGAAUUCAGAAAUAUGAUAGAUGUUUUAGCGGGAGGAUCGGUUAUGAAAUUGGAUGUUGAUGAGGCAUAUGACCUGUAUGAAAAAAUAGCUGAGAACCAAUCAAUGUGGCCAACUGAUAGGAAAGCUCCAAGGAAAACAUCGGGGUUACACAACGUGGAUGCAGUAACAGCACUGGCCGCACAAAUGGAAGUUCUUACCAUGAAAAUGGACAAUCUAUCUAAGUCAGUCAACAUGGUACACCAAUCGCCACCUGUUUGCGAAGGCUAUGGAGCGGAUCAUGCUAGUACACGCUACCCUUUGGCGUCUACACAUGUUAAUCAAUCCAAAGAAGUAAGCUACGCACAGAACUUUCAAAGACAGCAAAAUAAUCCUUUCUCCAACACAUUUAAUCCAGGGUUCCAACAGCAACAACAGCAAGGGCGAAGGCUUUUGUUGGAAGAUUUGCUAGCUCAAUACAUUACUAAAACUGAGACCAACUUUCAAAACCAACAAGCCUCGAUCAAGAAUUUGGAACAACAGGUUGGACAAAUUGCAGCCGCACUAUCAGGUAGAGCUCAAGGGACAUUGCCUAGUAAUACUGAAACAAACCCUAAGGAGCAAGUCAAAGCAAUCACUACACGUAGUGGCGUCCAGUUACCAGAAAUACAUGUAAAGCGACCAGCAACUGUCAUAGAAAAGGCACCUACCAUGGACGAGGAGCAAGUGGAUGAAUUAGACAAGGCCGCUGAGGAAAAUCAAGUUGAGUCAUCAGAUAGUCCACAGGUGAAAGCAACUGUUCCUGUCAAAGCAUAUGUUCCUCCAAUCCCAUUUCCACAGAGAUUGCAAAAACAUAAGCUCGACAAACAAUUCCAAAAAUUUUUGGAUGUGUUCAAGAAGCUGCAUAUUAACAUACCAUUUGCUGAAGCUUUAGCUCAAAUGCCCAGCUACGCCAAAUUCAUGAAAGAUAUUCUAUCAAAUAAGAGGAAGCUGGAGGACAAUGAAACGAUCAAGCUUACUGAGGAGUGUAGCGCAAUUCUCCAACAUAAGUUACCGCCGAAGUUAAAAGAUCCUGGGAGUUUUACUAUUCCUUGUAACAUCGGUUUGGGGGAAGCAAAACCGACAACAGUUUCACUACAAUUGGCUGACAGGUCGAUCAAGCACCCUCGUGGUAUUUGUGAAGAUAUUUUGGUGAAAGUUGACAAGUUUAUCUUCCCAGUGGACUUCAUCAUUCUAGAUAUGGAAGAAGAUAGAGACGUCCCCCUCAUAUUAGGUCGUCCAUUUUUGGCUACGGGAAGGGCUUUGAUAGAUGUGCAAAAAGGCCAAUUGAUAUUAAGGUUAAACAAAGAAGAACUGACAAUCAACGUGUUUAAAGCUUUCAAAUUUCAGAGCGAACCAGAUUCUUGCAUGCAGAUUGAUGUAAUAAAAGAAGCGGUAUCAGAGACAUUCAAACUAGAUCACCCCAAAAACUUGUUCGAGUAA